AUGGCGCUCAUUGACCAGCAUGAGACGAGUGUGCAGCAGGUGAUGGGGAAGAUUGACGCUCUGCGCGGGGAGCGGGAGGCUCGAUACACUGAAUUCAAGCAGGAAGCACAGCAGCGAGAGGUUGAGCUGCAGCACCUGCGUAACGAGCGCUCCGAUCUCACUCUGCAGGUGCAGGAGGAGCGUGAGCGGUCGACGCGGCUGCUGCACGAGAACACGGCACUGUACGCGCAUCAGGCUGAGCAGCGGGAGGAACUUGGGAAACUUGUGGAGUUGUGCCGCGUACGCGGGCAGCGACUGCGCGCUCUCAGCAACCAAAAACCCAGAGUAGCGGGGAGUACCCCGCACCGGCGGAGGCCGAUAGAGGCCGAUGUCGGUGCAUCAACAGGGGCCUCGUGUGACGACGCGAGAGCCGCCGAUGUCGGGGAUGAGGAGAGCGCUCUAGAGCUGAGCAGGACGGGGAUGGGCGCAAAGGGCGCUGGAGGCUCCGCAACGGCGGCCGCCUGCUCGCCUUCGCCCGCGCUCGCGUCUCCGCCAGCGUCGAUGAGCAUACACAAGGCUGUCGGCGCCACCACCGCUGCUCGGCGGCCAGCACUGUCGCCGUCGCCGGCUGCGCUGGGCGGUCUCGCUGAAGAUGCCGAAAUGGCAGCGUUGCUCAACGUGCCGUACAAGUUGCAGGUGCCCAGCACUCCGUUUGGUCCGUCGGCGCACACCAUCACGGCGAACACGGCAGCCACAACGCACCUGCUGGCCCUCAACGAAGAAGCAAACAUGCUUCGCCAGCAACUGGAGGAGCAGCGCGUCACAUACGAGCAGGAGCGUGGCGUGAGGACGAGUGAGACCGACGCGCUACACCGUCGGCACAUCGAGAAAGAGGCCAAAUACCUCGCAACGAUCGAUCAACUCGAAGUACUGCACGAGGAGAGCCUGCGCGACUUGGUACAGUAUCGCCACAACACAGAAAAGCAGCUUCGCGAUGUUCGCGGGCAGGUGGAUUGGCUGCGCGCAGCACUGCAGGAGGCGCUCGAUCUGGCGGAGAAGGAGCGUCGCCGGCAGCACAACGAGGUUUACACAACGGAGCAGCGCAUGUCACGCCAGUAUUACCCCAAACUGCAGUCCUUGCAUGCAGAGCUGGAGGAAUGCCGCCGCGGUGCCCUCGCACAGGCGCAGGAAAACGCCAAAGUCAUCGCUCAAAAGGAUGCGCUCGUGGCCGAGCUGCGGCAGAAGCUCAAGGCUGAGGUGAGCCAUCGAAGGCGCAUUGAGGAGCGGUACAAGCUGGAGAUGAAGGGUGUGCACAGCGAGCUGGACCUGAUGCGGCAGUCACUGCGGCAGAUGGAGCGGCGGGUGUACUACCGCGAUGUGCGCGAUCAGGCCUCCGAGGAGGCACAGCACGAGCUUGAGCGGUACUAUGACUAG